CGAAAGGAAUUUGUAAACCGAGUCACACAACACAAAUAAGAAAUUUCCAGAUUGAUGAUUGUGAAAGGUUCUCAUUUUUCCACCUCCGCUUUCUCCCAACGCCGUUGCUUUUGCUUGACGUCGUUUAUGGAUUAAUUAUUUGCAGCGUAAUAUUUUGAAGGGGAAUAAAUAAAUCUCAAAUACUCACGUCGUCAAGGUCUGUCAUUUCGUAAAUGGAAGCAAUGGAUUCAAACGAUCUAUUUCUGGAAGCAUCUGUAAAGAAUGUCAUUCAGCAAGAGUCCCUCCGUUGGGUCUUUGUCGGGGGGAAGGGUGGCGUGGGGAAAACGACGUGUAGCUGCAGCUUGGCAGUUCAAAUGGCAAAAGUUCGAAACUCCGUGUUGAUAAUUUCUACCGAUCCUGCCCAUAACAUUUCUGAUGCUUUUGACCAGAAAUUUAGCAAAGUCCCGACCAAGGUUAAAGGAUUUGAUAAUUUGUUUGCAAUGGAAAUCGACCCAAAUGUUGGAUAUAAUGAGUUACCGGACGAAUUUUUCCAAGAAUUAGGUGGACAAAAUGUACGAGUAUCUAAAUCUGUCAUGCAGGAAGUGAUGAACGCAUUUCCUGGAAUUGAUGAAGCCAUGAGUUAUGCAGAAGUUAUGAAGUUGGUCGAGAGCAUGAACUUUUCUGUUGUAAUUUUUGACACCGCCCCAACUGGUCACACUCUGAGGUUGCUUUCAUUCCCAAAACUUGUGGAGAAAGGGCUCGGCAAAAUUAUCCAGCUGAAGAACUCUUUCGGUCCCUUUAUCCAACAGAUCGGCUCAAUGUUACAAAUGGAUUUCAAUGCUGACAGUUUAGCUACGAGAUUAGACGAGAUUUUACCCACGAUUCGGAAAAUUAAUGAGCAAUUCCGUGACCCGGAACAAACCACAUUCGUUUGUAUCUGUAUAGCAGAAUUCUUGUCAGUAUUCGAAACAGAAAGAUUGGUCCAAGAGCUGACCAAGUUGAACAUAGACGUCCGAAACGUAGUUGUGAACCAAUUAUUAUUUCCAGCUCCUGGAGAUAGCUGCAAAAUGUGCGCCGCGAGGUGUAAGGUACAAGCAAAGUACUUGGAUCAGAUUGCCGAUUUAUAUGAAGACUUUCACGUUACAAAGCUGCCUUUACUGGAGAAAGAGGUCCGAGGAGUAGAUGAAAUCCGUAAAUUUUCCGAACUCCUCAUCACACCGUUUCAACCCAAAUCAGAUUAGUGCAAGCAAAAUAAAAAUUACUAUGGACAGACUGCUGAAUAUUAUCAUAUACAAUGAUUCCUGUCGCAAAUUUAUUAUAUCUUUUAUGUGGUGGUAGUAAUUUUAUUUACGAGUUAGAAUAUGUGCAAUUUGUCGUGGAAAGUAAUGUUUUCCCAUUGUAUGUUUAUAAUAUAUAAUGAUUAACAACUUUGCAUGUACGUUUAUUACUCUUCAUGGAAAAUUUUACUGUAGACCUACAACAUCUACCUCUGUUGAUUAUAAUACAUCUGCAUGCAUGUUAAAUAUAUUUGACAUUAUUAUGACUCCAACAUCAAACAUAAAUAGAUAAUAAUUAUGUUGAACGGCACGGUAUAUACAAAAGAUGGUAACUUUUACAAAUAGUUUUAUAAAUCUUGAUCCUGGAUAUUAAAAGUAAACUGUAACUU